AUGCCGCCCACCAUGAUGGGACGAGAUCGAGCACCGACCAACGCCCCGCCUCCGGCAGCCUCCACCGCCUGCGCAUGCCCGGCGGGCUGCUCAGGCUCAGAAACAGGAGAAAGUGUCCCCCCGCGAGACGGGCCCGAAUCCGAAGCGGACCAACCACCACCCUCGGAGGCGGAAUCAUGCUCCAGCUCCCCCCACCGGGAAGCGGAGGAAGCCUCUGCGUCGCUCAAAAGCUCAGAUUCCCUUUCAUCCCCAUCCGAGACGGACAGGUCCUUCCGGGAACCUGCAGAGCUGCAGGAUUCAGACCCCCAUACAGCCCGAGCAACAUCCUGCAAUGUGUGCCACAUCAAUUUCACGCUGGCAGGACCACCAGCAAUCAUCUCCUGCACGAGGUGGUCAUUCACGCAAGACCACGCCGCCUCAGAGAACGUCUCCAAUUACAUCUAUCGACCCUUCGUGGAUCGUAGAACGGAUGAAGAUGCCGGGACCCCGCAGCGCCCGUGCAGCCCACUCGUGUCUGGGCACCUUCUGUUUCCCCGGAGAGGAAGCAGCAGACACGUCUGUAUUUCAGCCAGCCUCACCCCGCCCAGCGAGGCUGCCUUUCGCUGCUCCACAAGCCGCUUGGCCCCGCCGGCCGGCCCCACUCUCCCUCCUCUGCAGCGGGCCGGGGACCAGCUCUUUCACGGCCGGCAGGAACUGCUGCCCCCGCCGCUGCUCCCCCUCGCCCUGCACUCGAGUGAAGGUGGAACUGCCUCUGUUAUCGGCAGGCGCAACAGCCGGACCGAUUGCUCCGUCAGCUUCCCCGUCAUCAGCUAUGGAGCCUGCGCAGAUGUACUGGCCACACCCUGCGCCAUCGUCAGCGCCUGCCGGCGAGCAUUUGUUCCAGCUAACGUCGCAUCCCCCGCCGGCUCUCCCCCGUUCUUCCAUGGCGCCUGCGCAGAUGGCAGUGACAGCGGCACUGGCAGCGUCUCUCCUAUCGCGGGUGACUCGGCAGCCGCGCAGCUUCCUGCCGCCGCGCAGCCAGCCUCGGCUUCCGCGGCUGGGACCCCGGCCGUGGCAGCACCGGCGGCCGACGGCCCCGCGUCGGGGCUUGCAACCAGCCCCUCAGUUCCGCAGCCCACAGUCGGUUCCUCGAUUUCGGAGCCUCCGGCCAACCCAUCACCCCCUGCUGCCUGCAGGCUGUCCUCCCCAUCCACAGGAUGGGAACAGCGACAGCGAUGAAUGCCAACAGCCUGCCCCCCAGCCGGGGGCGUGCCCUGGCGGCAGAACGCCGUCACCGACAAGCAGUGACAUCGUUCCUGAGUAAUCUCUGGAUUUUGCCUCCUUGUCGGGUGACUGUGCGACCCACGAACCCUCACCACUUUUGGGAAUCACUUAAGAUGCGAGCUUUAGAGAAUGGGGAUUGGGACCUGAUAGAAAAGGUGGGAAUGCCAAAGUGUGGACUUGCCACCACACCAGACCCAGGGGAAGGGGCCACAGAUAACAGUCAAGCAGUUAAUCCAGCAUCUGAGGAGGGGACACAGGUGUUUCAGGGAAACAAUGUUCCACCACAAAGAGUGAUUCAAGCUUUCCCCGUGUAUAAAACUGUCCCAAAUACAGGACAAGCUGACAGGCAAAAUGUGAUUGCCUGGCAGGUUGUCCAAGAUUUGCAAGAUAAGGUAGCAAAAUAUGGCCUUGGCUUUACACAAGUUAUGCAAGUUAUCAGAGUGCUAAACACAGACCUCCUUGCUUCAUUUGAUAUUAGACAUAUAGCUCAAGUAUUGUUCCAACCUGUGCAAUUUAAAGUCUUUCAGGACAACUGGAGGCAGGUUGCUCAAAGGUGUCGUAGGUUAAAAAAGAAGUGAGUUUUUUGGGAGGUUGUGGUCAAACCAAUCAGUGCUUAAAUUUGAAUAUUAGCACCUGGUUUAGCCACUGAAGGUAUGGACCACCUCUAAGAACGCAAGGGGUUAAAAGCAAGAACUCCCAAAAGAACUGUCUCUUAGUCCCAGUCCGUGAAAGAAGUCAGAGCUCCCCUGCCCAGCUGGGGCUGGGUGGGGGAGGGAAGCCAUGCAGCCGGGUGAGGUAGGCUGGAGCCUUGAGCAGAGGAAGGGAGUGAAAGCCUUGCAAGAUAAAAAAGUAGAAAAGCCCUGAGAAGCAUCGAGCCCCGGCCCCCCUACCCCCCGGGAGAGAGAUAAAGACAAACAGUGCCUGUGCUGCCUUAAAAUUUGAUAUCGUGCUGGCAGCAUGUCCGGCCAGAAGUGGGGGAUGCGGCGCGAGAAAGUGCCCAGCUGCUGUGAGAGUUCUAAGCAGACAGAGGUGAAGAUUUUAACCCCUUUCUAAAAUAAUGAGAACCUUACAAAUACUAAUCCUCCUAAAUCAGAAUGAGGAGAGAGAGAUGAAGCAAGAGGAAAUAAGCAAGUGUGAUAAAAAUUAAUACACGUGAAAAAUAGCAGAAGAAGUAAGAAGAAUCCUAAGUGAGAGGAGAUGAUAGAGUAGCCUUAAGCUAAACUCUUUCUUGUAUGGCCAUAAACAGACCCAUGCUUUUCCUGUAACACAGACUGCAUUUAGGGGGAGGCAAUGCCUUAAAGCCAAAAAAAGUACAAUAAAGCAGUGUCGUGAACAGAGACGGCUGAGGAGGGUGUGAGAUGCCCUCUGUCUUCAGUGAAAAAAAAAGAUCUCUGUUCACGAAGCCCCUUGGCCCCAGAGGGUAAAUUUAAGAGACUGGUGUCCCGAAGUUGAGACACUACUGCUUUUAGAACUAAGUAAAGCAUCCUUAAACAGAAAACCCUAAAAGCAGUUCUAGUCCAUGUGCACUAGUGAGAGCAGUGGGCAUGAAAAAAAAAAGUCAUGAAAGCAAAUGUUCUCUAAGCAGUGCCACGAGUGACAUGGAAACACAAGAAGUUUCAAUUGUGUUUCGGGGGGAAGCCUAUGGUGCAAGGGGAGACUCCUCUCCCCCUGAUAGACUUAAGAGUUAAUUAUUUGAAGGGUGAUGAUGGACUGAAAGUUGCUAUCUAAGAGAUGGUGACAGUGUAGAAAUCUAUGGUGUUAUUUCAUGCUGUAGAAGAAAAAGAAAGAGAAAAAAUAAUUUUAAAGUUUUCAUUCUUAGUUUUGUGUCUGUUCCUUUUUAAAUGUUGUAGUUAAUAAAGUUUAUUUCCUUUAUUCCUAAG